CGGGCUGGCCCCGGCCCGCGGCUCCUCCCCCGCCGCGCCCCGCCCGGCCCGGGGCGGGACCCGCCCGGGCGCGCCGACCAGGUGCAGCGCCCGGUGUCGGGGGCCACUGGGCCCGCAGCAGCGUCGGAACCAGGAAAGCAGCUCAGGCACUGGUGAGUGGCGGCACCCUAGGCCAUGUCAGAACUGUGAGCGAGCUCUGGGCAAUUCUCAGCCACCAGCCAGUCCUGCCAACAAUCCUGACCCGGCUUCACUGCUUCAGGAUGCUGAGCCUGAGGUUGCCCAGGCUGCUACGGGUCGACCAGAUGCCCCAGGUCUUCCAUGAACAAGGCAUCCUGUUUGGGUACCGGCACCCGCAGAGCUCGGCCAUCGCCUGUGUCCUCAGUCUCUUCCAGAUGACCAAUGAGACCCUCAACAUCUGGACUCACUUGCUGCCCUUCUGGUUCUUCGUGUGGAGGUUAGUGACCAGGUUCUACGGGACGGACAUCCAGCAUGACAGCUACUCCUGGCCUCUGCUCGUGUACAUGGGCACCAGCUGCGUGUACCCCUUUGUGUCCAGCUGUGCACACACCUUCAGCUCCAUGUCCCAGAAGGCCCGCCACAUCUGCUACUUCCUGGACUAUGGCGCCGUCAACCUCUUCAGCCUGGGCUCGGCCAUCGCCUACUUUGCCUACGUGUUCCCCGACGCGCUCAUGCACACGCGGUUCCACGACUGCUACCUGAGCGUGGCCGUCCUGAACACCAUCUUCAGCACCGGCCUCGCCUGCUACUCCAGGUUUCUGGAGACGCAGGGGUCCAGGCUGUACAAGCUGCUGCGCGUCCUCGCCUUUGCCUACCCCUACAUCUGGGUGUCGCUGCCCGUCCUCUACAGGCUCUUCCUGCUCCCCGGGGACAGUGCCCUGAGCGAGGCCACCUUGUACCACCAGAAGCACACGGCCAUGACCCUCCUGGCCUCCUUCUUCUACUCCGCACAUCUGCCCGAACGCCUGGCUCCCGGACGCUUUGACUACAUCGGGCACAGUCACCAGCUGUUCCACGUGUGCGUGGUCAUGGCCACACACCUGCAGAUGGAAGCCAUCACUCUGGACAAGAGUCUGAGGAAGGAGUGGCUCCUGAUGGCCUCCAGGCCCCUGUCUCUGGCUCAGCUCUCGGGAGCCAUCCUCCUGAACGUCCUCUUCAGCCUCAGCAAUGUCAUCUGCUUCUCUGCUGCUCUGUAUCGGGCUCCUGAGCCUGAAGGACACCAGAAAGAACUAUGACUCCGACCAUCAUUGGUGUGUGCCAGGCA